AUGGCGGCGGCUCUCAUGUUGGCCGGCCGGGUCGAGGAAGCCAUCGCGGAGCUCGAGUACGCCACAGCAGAGAUGUCGGAAGACGUGGAAAACGCCACCACCAGCGACAUCAGCAGCAAGAGAUAUAGCGAUGGUGAUGCCGAUAAGAGCGGGGGUGUCAAGGUGGCGGCUCUGACAACGGCGGAGACCGCAGCAAGGAACAAAACUGCGGCCUUCCUGUGGGAUAGCCUCUCAAGCGCUAGAUCAGCUGCUGGAGAUAUCUCCGGUGCAGUUGCCGCAGGGAGAACGGCACUCAACCUCGUGGGUGACGAGCCCGGUCUCUACCACAAUAUGGCGGUGCUAUUCCAGAAGGCGGGGUUGCUGGAGGAGGCACGGGACGCCUGGCUCACCGCGGUGGCGCUCGACCCAGGCUGCGCACCCGCCCUCACCGGACUAGGUCACCUCGAAGGAGCACGGGGAAACAUCGGGCAGGCACGAGAGUUCUAUGAAGCAUCCCUGGCGGCUUUGCGGUCUCCCGAAGUGGGCAAAAACAGUGGUCACAGCCACAUCACCGGUCAGGACGGACAUCUAAUUUCGAUGUUCCUUGUCGCCACCGCGGUUAUCCCCUCCCUCUACGAGUCCAACGGCCAUAUUACGAAGGGCUUCGAAGACGUGGAGGUACGCCGGAAGCUCGCGCGUGCUUACUGGAAGUUUGCCCCAUCGCUCAGGUAUUGCGCGCCAUUCCUGGCAACCGAUGGCGACAAGUCUAUCGGACACUACGCACCAGGAGCAAGCGACGCGCGAGUACCUGGCGAGCUAGGUCCGCCGACGGUAGGAGAGCUGCCGGAGGAGCCGCAGGAUUCGCUAAACAGGCCGGCAGACAGGGCGGACGUGCCGCCGUCGGGUUUACGAGCAGCGCCCACCACGUCGCUGGCUACCGGGAUCGAGGGUAUGCCUGCAGGAGUGGGAACGGCCAGCAAGGCUCGGGAAGAUCUGGACGACACGGGCGGCCGAAACACGCAGGGGUUCUCUUCAUCACCACCGCCGUGUCGUCGCCGUCGCAUCAGGCGUCCUCUUCGUGGAGGGGCUCAAGGGAAGGAGGGGUUGCCGGAAGUGGGGGAGAUGGAAGGAAGAAUAGCGCGGAGAGGGACCACGUGUACGAUGCGGUGCGGACGGGAGUGGAGCAUGUGCUGGACGUGCCACUUAGCAGGCAUGAACUUCGAGUCGUAUUUCUUGUCCUUCGCCCGCCUGGCGCGAAGAUCCGCCGCGUUUUGGGGGCACGCUGUCACGAGCGGCAUCAGCGCUUUCGACGCUCUUUCCGCGCCCAAGGGCGACGUCGACGACCCCGGCCCAGCCGCAGGGGCGCAGGCGGCGAGCGUCGGCGUUGCUGAUGAUGCUGUAGGAGGGAUCGACUACUUCGUGUCUUCGUGGCUGUUCGAAGAUGUGGGCCUCGGCCGGCGGGCCCAGCGCAAGUACAGUGAGAGGCUGUACUUGAUGAAAGGUCUCACGACGCGGUUCGGCCGCCCAACACCUACUGUCCCAGGCCUCGUUACUCGAGAAACCUUGGGCAUUCCUCCCCGCAUCCUCCCGCCUGCUCGGAGUGGCAACCCCUCCCAAGUUUCGUCCUGCGGUAACGCCUUUGCUACUCCUACCGCUUGUGCUUCUUUCGAAGCCGACAAAGAUGCCUCUUUCGCAGCCGACGAAGAGCCCGCAAGAACUGCAGCAGACGGACGACCGCUUGCGGUGCCACCGACAUGCGGAGCGCUGUACCUGGUGCCCCAGACUCUGUACAAGCUGCACCCGGACUUCGAUCGGCUUGUGGCAGGGGUGCUGAGCGCCGACCCGUCCGGGUGCGCGGUGUUCAUACGAGCUUUGGAGGCCUACAUGACAGAGGGAGUGGCGCGGAGGAUGGCAAGAACGCUUCUGACCGCCGGCGUAGAGCGAGAACGAGUGGUGUUCGUUCCCCGGGUGGGGCUGAAGGAGUUCUCAGGCCUGGUGGAACUGGCCGACGUGGUGCUGGACCCCUUUCCCGUUGGGGGUGGCCGGUCGUCCCUAGAGAUCUUCGCCGUCGGCGUUCCCAUAGUCAUGCUGUACAGCAGGACGUCUAUCCUCCAGUUAACCUACGGCAUGUACGCGACCAUGGGCCUGCAGGGGGCUGUGGGUCAAACGACAGGCUCGAGCGGAGUUGCUGGUGGCCCCGUGUCACUGGUGACGUACUCGGAGGAUCAGUUCAUCCGUAGCGCCGUUGCCGUCGCCACGGAUACAGAACUUAACGGGCGCUCCAGGGAACUGAUCCUCGCGAACAACCAUCGUCUCUACGAACAAGACACGGUCAUCACGGAGUGGGAGGACUUCCUUGAGGGAAUCGUGAGCGUUCCCCGCCCUGCCGCCACCGAGUUGGGGCAUGGGCGACACAAGGGCCUCGCUGUCGACGUCUCCGACUUUCCCGACAAGCUCCCGUGGUGUAGUGCUUGCGGGCUUAUGGCCAACAUAUCUCUAGGACAAGCGGCGGUCAAGCCCUCAUCGGAGGUGCACGGCCCUCAGCCAAGCGGGGUCAACGUCGACGGCAACGGCAACCCUGAUGCCAGCGCCAAUGUCGAUUCCGAUGGCAGUCUAGUCGGGGGCGACGUCGGGUCGGAGCCUCUCUACGCGAUCGAGUUCUCCGUGGCGCCACCGCGCGAGGGAGAGCAGGCGUCUCAACUUUUGGCCGAGCUGUACCACGGCAGCAACCCCAUGGAAGUCGCAGACAGGCUCAGGGAGGAAGGAGCGCUGGACUACCUCCAGUACAGGGUCCUGCUGGAGGUCCGGCAAGGAGACGAGCUGUACCAAGUAGCCCGAUGGCAUUGCCGGCGGUAUUCCUUGGGCCCAGAACGGAUACCGGUUCUCAAUACAAGACUAGAAAAGGAACUCCCUCAGCACGCCGACCCCGAGUGGAUAUCCUCGAGGGCGGAAGACCGAGCGUGCUCAAUGCCAGAGCCCAUGUCACGAACGCGAUACUCUUCGUCAAUUUCCUCCGAUGACGGCACAAUGGGAAAUUACCCGCUCCCAGUCUCCCGCGCUUCAAAUGGCGACCACCGGGCAACGCUGAACACGCCACCCGUGUCAGCCCCUAGAGGAGCAUCGAUAGAGUUUCGUGGGCGUGGUUUCGAGGUUGGCCGAGGAGGGUUAUUUCCCGCUCAGGGUGAUGUUUGGGGUACGGGCCAGGAUGACGACGAAGACGACGACAGAGGGUGUGUCACGCUCGCCAUCACCACAUGCAAGCGCCUUCGGGCAUUCCUGGGGACGGCGGAGGGUCUUCAGGCCUUGCUCGGGCCUCUACCGCGAGGCGAAGUGAGAGGAGACAUCGCGGGCCCGAGGGUAUGCCAAGUUCUGGUCGUCGAUGACGGUAGUUCUCCCAAGGACCGCGGGGUGAUGAUGUCGGUCUUCCCUAAAUUCACCUACGUCUUCAAGGGUGCUGGUGACGCCAAAGGUGAUUUUCGGCCUUUCUCGGACGAGUAA